AUGAGUCUUGCUAAGAGGAAAAAUGCUAUUCCGAAUGUAACGGGAAACCACCAGAUGAGUUGGAGGGAACUGGCUGAAGCUGAUGAUCUCGCUUCUGCCCUCACUGUUGAUCCUUAUCUUGGCUUUACUACCCAUAAAAUGACAGAUAUGAGGUUAAAAAUUCCAGAAAGAAUCAAAAGGAAGUUUUGUGAUAUCAUAUCUGCCUUUCGGAAAAAUAAGUGUUACGAUACAGCUUUCAACCAGCUGACUGCCGAUCCAAACAUAGUGAAACGGUCUUGGAGUAUUGACCCUCGUUUCAAGGAACAUAUCAAUCGAUACUUGUUAUUAUUUGAUGAUCGUUCUGGCAUUGAAAUUCGACCUUGUUGGCGCUACGCAUCAGAAAAUCAUAUGGGAGCCGCAAUAUAUGCCACAAAAGAUUGGGCGAAAGGGUCUCGUAUUAGUACUUUGGUGGGAUGCAUCGCUAAACUCAAGCAUCAUGAAGAGGCUACAUUCCUUAAGCAACACAAAAAUGACUUUUCAGUCAUGUAUUCUUCUAGAAAAAACUGUUCCCAAUUAUGGUUAGGUCCUGCAGCUUAUGUUAAUCAUGACUGUCGACCUAACUGUGAGUUCACAACUAACUGUGAUGCUGACGCUCGUAUGAGCUUACAGGCUAUAACCGAUAUCAAGUCGGGUGAUGAGAUUUUCAUCUACUAUGGGACAAACUUUUUCGACACAAAUAAUGCAGCUUGCGAGUGUUUUACAUGUGAAUUAUUAGGUCGUGGAUAUUUCAGCAAAUUUAACCAAAGUGUGGAUAUGACAAAUCCUACUAAUGAAUUAUCAUCUCCAAAUACUAUCUCUGACCAGAGGACUCAUCCAAAAAAUAUUGUACCAGCAUUUCAUAAUACUCUUAACAUUUCUACUGAUCAUAAUCAAAUUCUGCGUGAUAGAAUAAAUUCAGUACCAAAUAAUUCUCACUUUGUCAAGUGGGUUGGUUCUCAAGUCACUAAGUCUUUAUCAUUGGAUUUCUUCCUGAAGAAGGGAUCUUCAACUGGUUUGGCUUGUAAAGCAUUGCCUAAUGCAUAUUCCUUACGGCAUACCAGCUAUCGUUUAAAUCGUGUUAAAGCUCGACUUAUGGCUGCAACCAUAGCUUCUGUAAACAAAUCACCUUAUUCGAUUAGUCAUGAGAACAGGACUCCGAGGAUUAUUUCCCCUUAUAAAAAGUGCACGUUAAGAAAAACUAUUAAGAAAAGCGUUUCAUCUUGCCUACAAAAUGAAUCAAAUUCGCAUUCAUGUGACAGUGAGCGAAGAAAGCUAAGCAAUGCAUUAUCAUCUGUCGUAAAAAGACGAAGAUAA